AUCGCCGUUGGAAAGUUUGCGGGGAAUCGUGAAAGAAAGGAGUUACGCAACGCGGGUCCGCUGACGCUGGGAUCGAGAUUCGGUUCCAUCGACCGGCUGGCAACGUGCUAAAUACAUAAUAGCUGUCGGUGCAAUCCACGUCAGGACGACGGCCCACGUACACCUGUCACAAAUCUCCUUUGAUUACGAGUCCCCGGGAUACAAGGCUGACAUGGCGGAGGGUUCAGCCGAGGAGGAACAGAGUAGUACUCCUGCGCCCGCUUCCCCGCCAGCUGAUCUUCGCACUCUGAACACCCGAUUGUCGCCGCCUUAUCACCACCAGCCCCAUCUCCACCCUCGUCUUCAGCAUCUGCAGCAUCCCAACAUGUUGGCGACCGCCGUACCGCCCAGGCACAGCCUGAGCACGCUGUCUCAUCAGGUGAAAAUGGAAGACGCGUUCGACGGCCCCUGCGACGUGCCAUUGAAUCUGAAGAGCGAGGACAGCGACAGGAGUAGCACUGGCAGCCCCGAGCCAGUCACCACUGGCAGCCAUCAUGAUCAUCAGAUGAUGCUGGACGACAUGAAGCUUUCGCGGAAAAAGCGUCGCAGUUCUUCGCCUGAAAAUUUACACCAAGCGAAGGGGGCGGCAGUGGCGCAAGCGCAUCUCAACGGGACAAUGGCUGGUAUGGUGACCUUACAAAACCUUCAGAAUCUGGCGAAUCUACAAAAUCUCCCACAAGUCGCCUCAUUAGCCGCGGGUCUUCAGGGAAUGACUGCGGGGUUAGCUAACAAUCAGCUCAUAAACACGCCCUUGAAUCUCACUGUCAGCUCAUCCGGUGGCACGGUACCAACCAGCUCGAGUACGACAUCUGCACCUCACCUCCAGCCACCGAGUUCGGCGCCAAUGGCGACAUUACCGCAGCUAUUAUCUCAGUCACAACCCGUAGCAAUGCCUCAAUUUAUCCAAACGUCCGGUCAACUGGUCCAAGGCAUUCAAGGGGCUCAGCUUCUUAUUCCUACGUCGCAAGGAAUCGCCACGCAGACCAUUUUGACCAUUCCCGUUAGCCACGUUACGAACAAUCAGAUGGUCAACUUGGCGCUCAGCAACGGCCAAGUGGUGUCCACGACGCUCGCGAACCUUCAGUCGAUCGCCCAACCACAGAACAUGCUGAACACGCCGACCAGCAAUGGUGAGUUCACAGUGGACCACGUUUCUCUUUUCCAUGACGCAGUCCCGACAAGUCCCAGUUUAGCAUCGGGAUUAGGAUUGAAUCCGGCCGCGUUGCCGCACUUAUUGAGCAACAGCUCGGCCAGCCAACAACUCCUGAACGCGAUGCAGCCCCAGCAACUGCUUCAGGCUGCGCAGGCGGCCCAGGCACAGGCGGUCCAGGCGGUCCAGGCGGCUCAGGCAUCCCAGCAACCGCUUCUGACGACGUCGCCUCAACAGCACAGCCAUCCACACUGCACUACAGUGAGUCACUACACGCCGACGGAGAAACAUCACAGAGAGAGGCCCGAGAAAUCGUCGCCUUUGCACGAGUCGGCGGUAUCCGCGGCUUCGGCGUUGAACAGACUCGCGGCUAGCAACGGGGAGAUCACCAUCACGACGACGCACGGACCCAGCGGCGCCGGUUUAAAGGCGUCCCCCAGCAGCCUCUAUAGUCCAAAAGAAGAGGAAGAUCUACUGUACGAUUCACCUAAUCAGCCGACCAUCAAGGAGGCCACGAGCAACAUAGUCGACGGCAUCAAUCUGGACGACAUGAAAGAGUUCGCGAAGGCGUUCAAGAUCCAUAGACUGCAGCUGGGUUUGACGCAGACUCAGGUUGGUCAGUCCCUGAGCGCGGAGGAGGGCCCAGCUUAUAGCCAAAGUGCCAUAUGCAGUGCCCUGGCUACCCAGAUGUACGCUGCCUCGCAGAUUGCCUCUCAGCAGCAAGUUACAUUCGAAAAGUUGGACAUCACGCCAAAGAGCGCGCAAAAAAUAAAACCGGUCCUCGAGAGGUGGAUGAAAGAGGCUCAAGAGAGUGUGUCUGAUUACAGGUACAAAAGGGGGGUGAAUCAUCUGACGGAAUUCAUCGGGGUGGAACCCAGCAAGAAGCGAAAACGACGAACUUCGUUCACUCCGCAGGCUCUGGAAAUGCUAAAUAAUCACUUCGAUAGAAAUACUCAUCCAAACGGUAACGAAAUCACGGCUUUAGCGCAUCGGCUCGGAUACGACAGGGAAGUGAUAAGGAUUUGGUUCUGCAAUAAGAGGCAGUCUCUGAAGAACACCCUGCGAACGUUGUCGAACCAAUGAGAAAGGAAGGCUUUAAGAACUCAAUCGUACGAUGCACGGAAAGAUCCCAACGAGAUUUAGAUUACGAUGGACGCGUUUCUUACAUCAGUCUUUCCUCGCGGAUUAUGCCCGUUGAAGGAGCCCGAGUCUCAGUGUCGUAUUAUUAAAAAUGUUACGACGAAUCGGCCGCGUACAAGGGAACACUUUAAAAAUUCAGGCUUCUCAGCGAGUGCCGGGCUUGAAUUUUUAAAAACGCGCACCGACUGGCCGUCGAUGUAAAAGAUCAUUGUGAUUUGCAGGCGUAUACGAGAUCUAUCUGUAAAUAAUUUUAAUCUACGAAUAUGUGAUGUACAGGAGUCGAGCGACGGGUAUUGAUAAUUCUGUCUCGUCAUCGUGGGCUCGUUCGAUGUUUGAUCGCAUCGAAAAUCAUCGAGUCCGAACGUUUUAUCGACGAUAGGUAGCACAGGUUAUCGUUUUAUCAACGACAGGCUAUAUAGGUUACCGUUUUACUGACGGUUGAUAAAGAACCGACGUUACGACUACGUCCCGACAGACGGUACACGAUGCAUUACCAGCGGACCGUAAAACAGAACUUUUAAUUUCGCCAAUUCGCGAAAGUACUCGUUUCGAAAGAGCCUGUCGCGUGUUACCGUUUUGAUAUUCGACGGGAAUUGUCGGUUUUAUGAGCCGUGACGCGUGUAACGAAACGUUAAUCGGACAGUAAUUAUCACGCUCGCGCCUCGACUCGCAAACAUAGGAUAAGUAAUUCCGCAAGUAAUCGCACAGAUAAUACUAGUUCGUAAAACAAUUGAAAAGCUUCCAGCUACUGAGAAUCGUCUGUCAAUGGAGACGAAGCACAAACGAGGAUCGUACGAAAAGUAUGAUGAUAUUGACAGAACGAUGCUUUUCGUCCGAGAAUGCAUCCAGAACUAAGGAAUCCACAGGAUGGACAGUGGUCCUUUGCCCACGAUAAAAAGAACAUAGUUGAAGCAACGAGAUACAACAGUAUCGACGCUAUACCAUCACGUUCACCAUGCCAUAUACAAGGAUACAAUUCAGUUGUCCACGAAAUAGCAACGGAAAUGUUUUACAGUACCGCCGAUAUCGUUUAUGACGAUUGUCCAAUUUAGUUCUGUUCUUCACCGAAAACAAAAAAAACAAGUUACAAAAAACGACCAUUUUCUUACGGGGUUUCGUUAGACUGUUUCAACAAUAUUGUUCUCUGGGUGUGCUCGUCUGUAAAUUACGCGUGUAUUUAGAGAUCGACCUAACAAAAAGCGAAUGGGGGAGAAAAAUGGGAACUUGAAAUCUGUAGCGAAAGAAAAAUUAACGCAAUAACGUCUUUGAAAGUAUACUGCGAUCGAUCGUAAGGAUCCUCCCGAUGCUCCUAAAAUUGUAUUCGAACCAGAAAGAAAGAGACGUGAAAGACGAUCGAGGUAUCUGCAGGAUAGGGGAAAAAAAUGAAACACUAGUCCGUAAUAAUCUGCCAUAUACGAGGUAUACCUAUUAAACAUUUACAUGCCCGCUGAUGAUCGAAUCGAGAUUUUCCAACGUAACGCGUCCCGUCUAUCGUGGGGGAGUGUGCAACCGAAUUAAUUAAAGAUUCAAUUUUUCCUUUAGCUGGAACCGAACGAUUCCGCUUCCAAUUAAAGUGGAGAUUGAAUACCGAGCAUUCAGAUAGUUCUGAAUCGUCUUUGCUUGUUCUUUGGGGACUAAUGGGUUGCUUAAUGUGGUUUUCAUACGCUUCCGUUUCACCACAGUCUGGACAGGAUCAAUUGCUUGCAAAGGGCUAUCCCCACCACGUCGAAUGACCGCGCCCUCCGAUACCACCUAACCAGCAAACUUAUGCUCUAUAUUUUUCGUUCAGCGGGGCAAGAUUCGUAAGGGCGGAAGCGACAUUGAGCAACCAGUUGAAUUCGACACGUCUAUUACGAGGGAUUUCAUUUGAAUCACUGCCUUCUCAUGGUAAUUUUCGAGGCAAACCGAAAUCAUCGGUACAAAUUGUACGCUAUAAAUGCGAGUUGGCGCUCGCGUAUUGCGUAUAACGACCAUAACAUUAAUUCGGUUGGGAACUCGCCGCGCCAGGACGCGGAUAAAUUCGCGCCUAUGAAUCGUGCGAACGUUCCGCGGCAACGUUGAUCGAUUUUAUCACGCGAUUCGAGGCGUGAAUCGAAACGCGCGAAAAGACGCCCGGUGGACGGGACGCGAAACGGCCAGGGACGAGUUCCACAAUUCCGCGAACAAAUUCCCUAUUUGAUGAUAUAAUCAUGUACUCCCCGGUAAUCGAUAGUGAUAAAUAGCGUUUCAUUGAAUGCGUUCCGCUUAUGUGAGAAGUUCUUUCUUUCACGCGUCUAACUGGAAGUAAAUAGUCGUUUAAAUAGCGCGCCACCGACGUUCUCUCGGACAUUUUCCUUCUUGUGUAAUAAACGAUACUCUAGGCGACACCCAUCUUUCAUAACGAUACGACGAUUUCUUCGAUAUCGAAAACUCGAGUAAAUAAUUAGCACCUAUGACUGUGCGUAUAAAACGUAAAAAAAAAAAGAAAAAAAAAACAUAACAGUAUGUACUAUCCGAUACUACCCUUCCCAUUGUAAUGAGCUAAAUCAUUACGCGAUAACUGCAGCCGAGACGGAAUCGACUGACCGAUCGAAGCCAUCGAUUCGCGUUUGACGCGUCUCAUGGCGGGGGUGAAGCAACCCUCGACGGCCAAUCGAGUUCGCCACCGACAUUAUUAACCACGAGAUCCUUACCGAAACGUAGCUAGGAGCGCGAGGGUAGCGUGUACAUAUUAAGGAGACACCUAGGGAGUGUAAUAUUAAAUAAAAAAAAAAAAAACUACUAAUACUUUUAAUAUCGUAUAGCUAUGGAAUAGCUGAACGACGAUUCAUGGAAAGAAAAUUUACAUGCUUAAAAAAAAAAAAAAUAAAUUUCUAAGGGUAAAGACACGCCGUACUUUAAGGUAUAUAUUUUACUCUUACUGUUACGAUACGAUACGAGCAAAGUGAUCUGUUCCUAACGAAGCACACAAAGAAAGAGAUAUAAACAAAGCGAACAAACUGAAAUGAAUUAACAGAACAAAAAGAAAAUGUGGAUAGAUGGAGACACAGUGUUGUAUCAUACGAGCGAAUAA